UCCAUUCUUGCACAGGUGUACAGGCUCCGCCCCCUUCAGUCUUGCACAGGUGUACAGGCUCCGCCCCCUCAGACUUGCACAGGUGUACCGGCUCCUCCCCUCCAGUCUUGCGCAGGUGUACCGGCUCCUCCCUUCAGUCUUGCGCAGGUGUACUGGCUCCUCCCCUCCAGUCUUGCGCAGGUGUACCGGCUCCUCCCCUUCAGUCUUGUGCAGGUGUACCGGCUCCUCCCCUUCAGUCUUGCACAGGUGUACCGGCUCCUCCCCUUCAGUCUUGCACAGGUGUACUGGCUCCUCCCCUCCAGUCUUGCACAGGUGUACUGGCUCCUCCCCUUCAGUCUUGCACAGGUGUACCGGCUCCUCCCCUUCAGUCUUGCACAGGUGUACUGGCUCCUCCCCUCCAGUCUUGCACAGGUGUACCGGCUCCUCCCCUUCAGUCUUGCACAGGUGUAC